AUGGAAAAAGAGUCAUUUCACUUCAACUAUAUGAUACUCUUGCUUACUCUUGUUGCUUCACACUCUCUUGCUUCAACCCUACCACGUUGCCAUGAAGACGAGAGAUCUGCGCUGUUGGAGUUCAAGGCAACCUUCUUCACCAGACAGCCUUGGUGCUGUUACAGCGUCACUUCAGAUGAGCGACCAAAAAUUGAAUCCUGGAAUGCAUCAACAGGGAAAACUCAAAGCGACUGCUGUUUUUGGGCUGGUGUUGAGUGUGAUAAGGUAAGCGGUCACGUGAUCGGCCUCGACCUCAGUUGUAGUUGUCUCUCCGGUAAAAUCAACUCCAACACCAGUAUUUUGCGUCUUCUUCGCCUAAGAUGCCUUAACCUUGGCUUCAAUGACUUCUUUUGUCAUAUUCCUCCGGCAAUUGGAAAUCUUGGUUCCUUGACUGACUUGAACUUCUCCGGCUCCUACUUCAUGGGCCACAUCCCACGUUCGCUCGGUAACUUGACCCGACUUGUCCAUCUAGACUUGAGUGACAAUUUACUAAAUGGUACGAUUGCAUCUUCUUUUGGCAACAUCUUCAAACUGGAGUAUUUGAGUCUAUCCUUCAACGAAUUUGGAGGUAAAAUCCCAUCUUUUUUUGGACGUCUUGGUCACCUGAAGCAUUUAGAUCUAAGCGGCAAUUCUUUAACGGGUGAAGUUCCAUCUUUCUUGGCAAAUCUGGUCCAGCUUAAGUAUUUAAGUCUAGGAGCCAAUAUGUUAAUUGGGCAAAUUCCAUCCUCUCUCGGGAACCUCGUCCAACUUACUAGUUUAGAUUUAAUGUUUAAUCAAUUAACAGGCGAAAUCCCGUCUUCCAUUGGAAAUCUAGUUCAACUUGUCAAUAUAGAUCUUGGAUAUAAUCUAUUAGCGGGUGAGAUUCCUCUCUCUUUCCAAAACCUCCAGGAGCUUAGGUGCUUAACACUUGCGUCAAAUCGAUUAAGUGGUGAAAUUCCAUCCUCGCUGGGGAGACUCACCCAGUUGAUCGACGUUCACCUUUCAUUCAACCAAUUCCAUGGUGCAAUUCCAAGCACGAUUUUCCAAUUACAGGGUCUCAGCACUCUUUAUUUGAAUUCAAAUAACUUGAGUGGCACAGUGAAGUUAGAUAAGUUUUCAGAGGCUAAAAACCUUCGAGAACUUGUGUUAUCCUCUAACAAACUGUCAUUGAUCGUCGAAACCAACAUAACUCACCGGUACUUGGUUCUAGGUUUAGGUUCAUGCAACUUAAAUAGUUUCCCUGAGUUUCUACAAGAACAAAAUGAUUUGCAUUUGCUAGAUCUAUCCGACAAUAACAUUUCCGGUCAAGUUCCUAAAUGGUUUCUGAAUGUGAGCACAGAAAACCUCUAUAGAUUGAACCUCUCUGGCAACUUCCUAACAAGUUUUGCUCAAGAUCCCGUUAUUUUCAAGUGGAAAGAACUCUUUGUAGCAGAUCUCGGUUUCAACGAGUUGCAAGGAUCAGUUCCUAUUCCCCCUCUUGAAAUCCAGCACUACUUCAUGUCAAAUAACAGGCUCUCUGGAGGAAUAUCGCCACUCAUAUGCAAUCUAAGCAUUAUAGAGAUGCUCGAUUUGUCUGAUAAUAAUCUGACUGGGUUUCUUCCACAAUGUUUGAGUAAUUUGAGUGGUACUUUGGAAGUAAUAAGUCUACAGAGCAACAACUUUAUUGGAAAAAUUCCUCAGUUGCAUGGGAGCUUCUAUAUGAUUGAUCUAAGUUACAAUAAAUUGCAAGGGCCACUGCCAAGAUCACUCCGCAAGUGUAACAACUUGCAAUUCCUUAAUUUCGCAAACAAUCAGAUUAAAGAUGUUUUCCCUUCAUGGUUGGGCUCACUUCCAGGAUUGAAGGUACUUAUAUUGCGGUAUAAUAGAUUUCAUGGAUUUAUUGGGGAACCGGCUGAUAGAAUUGAGUUCCCUACGCUGCAAAUCAUUGACCUAUCUCAUAACAGCUUUUUUGGUAGCUUGCCGUCCAAAUACUUCAAGCAUUGGAUUGCCAUGAAAGUUUCUGAGACAGAUUCGUCAGGCUACAUUGGACAUAGCAAUGGGUCGGUCUGGGAUUUCUCUCCAUUCGUAACCUUUGACUACUCUAUGAGGGUAAUUGUCAAAGGCAUCCAGACGAAUUACUCAAAGAUCCAAGAAUACCUCACAUUGAUUGAUCUCUCGAGCAACAACUUCAGCGGAGCGAUCCCCGAGACCAUCGGAAGCCUAAAGCAACUAGAAUUGCUCAACCUUUCCAACAACAUGCUCUCCGGUCCCCUACCUCCAUUCUUGGCAAACCUAACGAAUUUGGAAGCAUUGGACCUUUCUCAGAACCAGCUCUCCAGAGAGAUCCCUCAGGAGUUGACGCAACUCACUUCGCUUGCAGUCUUCAACGUAUCUUAUAACCGUCUAACUGGGCCUAUACCCCAAUCACGGCAGUUUUCUACAUUCGAAAACAACUCCUACAAGGGAAACUCGGGGCUAUGUGGCACUCCUCUGUCUAGAAAAUGCGGAGAUCCCAAAGCGUCACCGCCAUCAUCUCCAACGUCUGAAGAAGAUCCAGAUUAUGGAAGUGCAAUGAAAUUAGACUGGAAGAUCGUGUGCAUGGGGUAUGCAAGUGGGUUAGUGAUUGGAGUGGUCCUCGGGAGCAGCUUGAUCACAAGAAGAAGAGCUCAUAGCCUUGUGAAGAACUUUGGCAGAAGAAAACAAAGGCGAAGAAGGUAG